UUCGUAGCACGCCUGCAGUUCAACUUUUUGGCAACCUGUGGAUUCGACACACUUUCGUAACCUAAACAUAGAUGGUUCAGCUCCGUUUGAAAUUACAGUGGCAUAAAUCUCGCCAUACUGUUUGAUUUCAUGCACUCAAGGCUCAACAUUUGGAGGACUUGCAAACGUUUUUAUUUACGACAAUCAAACCAGUUGUGAUACGAGUUCAACCUCGAACAUACACGCCCCCUGACCCUUGACUUUCGGGGAAGAGCGAUCUCGGUCACCGACCAACGGACAGCUGCUACGCGCGGUACCAGUACACAGAUUCCGGAUUGCGGCACAAUUUUGUUGGUGAUGAGUCGCGCAAGUGGUACCCAGUUUUGCUGGCAGUCGAACUAAAUUCAUGGAAUCUCUUCCCGCUUUCUGAUAUCCGCAUGCCGGACUAAAAUGGAUUCUCGAUUUAUAUGGAGUUGUUUAUUCAGCCUUGUUGUUUUGGUUGUGAGUGUGCCAAGACUGGCCGUGGCUUUGGAACCUCCUAACCAUGUGGAUGGCUAUGACCCAGCGGACACUCAAGGCCCCAUGGUGGAACCUGGACAACCAUUGGUUACCCCUCCUCCUAUCAGAGAUGCAUCCACUCCCAGGUCGGCACCAGUCGAGACUCCAAGUCCGACACCUUCGCCGUCGCCGACCAACUCCACCACAGUAGCCAACACGAUGGAAGCCAAUGCCACGGUAGCCACGACGAAACCCAACUCAACGAUGACAGCGAGCUCGAUGACAGCUACUUCGGUGACCAGGAGGUUGACUCCCUCUUUGACAGUUCCCAACGCGACAGGAACAGUGUCUAAGACAUCAAGAAGCACCGCGUCAGGAACACCCUCGGCAGAUACACCCCUCUCUGGAAUUCCUGCAUCUACAGACAAGAGUACAGUGGCACCAACAGCUCCUAUUCAACAGGGGACAACCAACGAGAACAAUACCGGUCCUGUUGAUCUGUAUUCCACACCCCCGUUGUGGACGUGGUGGGACUCUACGACAAAAGCGGCCACAGGAACUAGGACACCUACAGCGAGAGCAACGAUCCUUACGACAAGACUCAGGACAACUCACCGGCAGACAACCCCCUACCCUCGAAAAACUACAAGCUUUCCCUGGACCACAAGCCAAGUGUCUCCUCAAACUACUCGGCCUACUACAGUAGUGACUCAGCCUAAGGCUACCACCACCCAAGCUCUACCUAACAAAAAUAGAACAUCUGGAACUGUUUCAACAACAACAACAAUGGCAAUGCCAACCACUCCAACAACGAUACCUUGGCACUGGCCCUUCCCAACUACUACCCAAACAACAACCUUGGUGACUACUGCAAGUCAGGUAUCUACUGGACAAUCCACAGAGCCAGGAAACACUCCAUCUAAAGAGCACCCAGUCAGAACUCCUACUCUGUAUCCCAUCACCACCCUGGCCCCUCCUGUCGCCAACGCGUCCUACAAGCUUCCCACAUACCUUCAGCUCCGCCUCAGUACCACCUGGCCAAGGUUCUGCAAAGGUAGCGCCAACGUCCAGGAAUCCCUUGCUGACUUUGCCCGCCAAGUUCUGGGUCAGUCCCCUUACGACAGAGUGGAAGUACCCUACCUGAAUGUCAGGGACCACUGUCGGGAAGCCACAGUGAACAGAUUCAAGAAGACCUUGCUUGUAGAAGUGACUCCCGUUGACUUUUUUGUCACUGUAAAUGGCUCCUAUUAUGAGAACGUCACCCAAAAGGUCGGAGCUGAGCUCGUUCUUGAUCAUUCAAUGCUACAAGAAGACAUUUCUUAUCAAAUUAUCUCUGCCCAUGUGCUUGUUAUCAACAAGGCAGCCACUCCUGCACCUCCCAAUGAUGGGAGCAGCCAGGGUGCGGUGAUUGGCGCAACUCUGACAGUGUGUGCUCUGGUCUUUGGGGUCAUCCUUUCUCUCAUUGGAAUGAAGGUGUAUAGGGUGCGCAAGUCCCAUGCUGGCAUCACGGACCGCUACUACUUCGAUGGCAAGCAGCUCCAGGAUGCCCUCAGUGAGUCGCAUCAGAUGGCGGGGGUGUCGCCCCUGGGGAGGGCCACGGGAGGGGGUGGCCACCCUGCCCCCAGCUACAGGGAGUACAUCCUGGCUUCCAUCAACAAGGGCUUGGUGUUGGACGAUGAGGAUAUGACAGUGGAGGUGGAUGCAGUAGAGGCGUUGCCUUCCCACACCCUAACCAGCAAUGCUCUCGCAAAGUUUUAUAGCUACAGAGAGGCCAUCGCCGAGGAGUUUGAGAAUCUACCAGGGCAUCAACUGAUUGCCUCAUCAGAUAUCAAGAAGAGGAUUGCGGUACCAGUGACAUCCAAACCACGGUCGCCAGUCGUCCAAUCGCCCGAGAGGACCAGGGUUCCGAUACCUCCUACUAGCCCCACUAGCCCAAGUAUCCCAUCUAAACCAGCUGACCUUUUCUUGGAUGCAAGCUUUAUCAGGGGCUAUGACUCCAGUCACUGUAGCUACAUAGGGGCCACGGUGAGUGGCGGAGACUCUAGUACAGCCUUCUGGAGAACCGUCUGGGAGCAGCAGUCCAGGACUAUCGUAUGCCUUUGCUCACCCUAUGAACUUGGAAAGGUGUGCCCCCAGUACUGGCCCACAAAGGAAGGAGGUCCAGGGACCCAGCUGUAUGGUAACAUUCUCGUAACUCUGAAAGGAGGGGCCAGUGGAGAACACUACUUCACCUCAACUCUGCUGAUUAGAAACGUAGAGAAAUCGCUGUGCAGACCGGUGACCCAUUACUGGUUCAGCAACUGGCUUGACAGUGAGAUACCCAGUAGCCCUCAAGCUCUGAUGUCUAUGCUUCUGCAGGUCCAUAAUACACAUCAGGAAAGCUAUGGUCCAGUCGUAGUCCAUUGCAGUGAUGGUGUUGGUCGGACUGGAUUGGUGAUAGCUACGGAUAUCAACAUGCAGAGACUGGAGGAGUCUCAUACGGUGGACAUCCCUCAUACAGUGUCCAGUAUUCGGCAGGACAGGGGUCAAGCCAUCCUCAAUAUUGACCAGUAUGCUUUCAUCUACAGGACUCUGUAUGAAUUCUCAAAGUUCUUGAGUAGCUCAGGGACAAAGGAGACCAGUGACACUGAAAGUGUGGUCUUUGAUAACCCGGAUGAUAGUGUCAGCGAUACAGGUAACGAGGACCUAUCAUCACAAGGAACCAACAGCAGUCGAACCUCCAGUUAUCUUGGUGACCUGUCUUCUAGCGUCAAGCGCCGUCUUGCCCUCAAGUUUCCUUCCCUGGGCAUCAGUCCGCCAACCCCACUCUCCCCCAUAUCCAGUCGCAUCUCAACCGGAGAGUUUGUCGUCAUCAACAGUCCGAAUUCCACAAAUUUGGACAUGAGCGUGGUUUCGGGACUGAGUGGAUCGGAGAAGGGCGACAGGAACAGUUCAGCCUCCUCGCAUCAUUCGCCGUUUGAUCAGACAAGCUUUUGUACUCAGAAUGAUGUGUUUGCUAUAAGUCACAAUGAUAGUGCAAGGCUCGUCCCUAAAGGAAGCGGUAGACAUUUCACUGUGGGCCAAAGACCUCUAAAGAGAGAAACCAGUGUGGUUAGCGCAAGGCCUGUAUCUGCCUUCUGCAGGGGUAGUAGGGCCAUGAGUAGUAUCGAAGGGUCCAAAGCAUACGAGGAGUGGAGCCCUCCGUUUGGAAAUCCAGGCCAGUCCAACUUGCCACAGUCUCUGUCAUCGCCAAAGACAGACCUUCGGGUGGAGGAACUCUCAAAGAGCAACAGGGAGCGAAGUGCCACCUGUGAGUCUGGGAGGUUCAGCGAUAGCUUGGCCAGUACGAACCCUUUCAAGUUUGAGGAAUCUCACCAUGAACUCUGCGCAAGCCAACCAAAUGCUCUUGUCGUUCAACACGCUCGUGAGCCUUCCUAUCCAACAGAUAUGAACCCUUUUGGAUCAUCACAAACUGUAACCCAGUUGGACAGUCCAUUCACCUCGUAUCCCCCAUCUUCCUCUGUCCCAUCCGCUCUCUAUGAUCCCUCAGAAAACCACUCACAUUCUCGACAAAACUCCAACCCCUUCCCUAGUGAACCCAGCUCAAGUAACCCUGACAGUCAAUACCCCAAGGAGAUCAAUCCUUUUGAGGCUCCUAGUGAAACUGGGGAUGCCUUUGCCCAAUCCUCAGAGAGUGGCUCUUCGCUCAACAGUGCCUUUGCCUUUGUCUCGUACCCCGACACCGCAGGGAAUUUUGAGCGCCAGGGCACGUAUCCCAAGGGCAUUAACCCGUUUGACGAAAGCGGAAGUCUUCAGAGGAUCCCGUUGCCUUCCAGUCAGAGAGGAGCCUCUAACGCGCUACGUCUUGCGCCUGUACCUCGUAAACAAAACAAAGCCAAAAGUGGACGGACAGAAGGACAGGCUAGUUCUGAUGGACAGAAUCCUUUUGAUUAUGAUUGGAUGGACUCGGCUGAAGAAAGUUUUACCUAG